AUGGCCGAUGAGAUGAUCAGGACUCAACUCAUUGUUGCCGAGAAGUUGGUGGCUUUGCUGGAGAGUGGUACAGAAAAAUUGCUGCUGAUUGAUAGCCGCCCAUUUGUGGAAUACAAUACGUCCCACAUCUUGGAUGCCAUCAACAUCAACUGCUCCAAGCUUAUGAAGCGGAGGCUGCAGCAGGACAAAGUUUUGAUUACAGAGCUCAUUCAGCAUUCAGCAAAACACAAGAUUGAAAUUGAUUGCAAGCAGGAAGUGGUGGUGUACGACCAAAGCUCUAAAGAUGUGACCUCUCUCUCGUCUGACUGCUUUCUUACUGUACUCCUGGGCAAACUGGAGAAGAAUUUCAGCUCUGUGUAUCUGCUUUCAGGUGGAUUUGCUGAGUUCUCCAGCUCUUUCCCCGGUCUCUGUGAAGGAAAAUCCACGCUUGUCCCUACUUGCAUUUCUCAACCCUGCCUACCCGUCUCCAACAUUGGCCCAACCAGAAUCCUGCCUCAUCUCUACCUUGGGUGUCAGCGGGAUGUCCUCAACAAGGAGCUGAUGCAGCAGAAUGAUAUUGGCUACGUCCUAAAUGCCAGCAAUACUUGUCCAAAGCCUGAUUUUAUUCCAGAAUCCCAUUUCCUGAGAGUGCCUGUGAAUGACAGCUUUUGUGAGAAAAUUUUGCCUUGGUUGGAUAAAUCAGUUGAUUUUAUAGAAAAAGCAAAAGCAUCAAAUGGCCGAGUGUUAGUGCACUGUUUAGCUGGAAUAUCUCGCUCCGCCACAAUCGCUAUUGCAUAUAUCAUGAAGAGAAUGGAUAUGUCCUUAGACGAAGCUUACAGAUUUGUGAAAGAAAAAAGGCCAACCAUUUCUCCCAACUUCAACUUCCUGGGCCAGCUUUUGGACUUUGAGAAAAAGCUCAAGAACCAGAGCGGUCAGCCUGGACAUAUUAGUAAGCUGAAACUUCUGCAUUUGGAAAAAAGCAGCGAGCACGUGCUGAUCCCCGAAGGUGGGCAGAGCAGCCUUUCCGCUAACCAGCUCUGCAUUACCGCUACCUCCGAGAUCGUCGAGCAGAAGCCGACGGACUGCGGCAGCGCACCCUGUGGGCACUUGUCCCCUCUGGAAGAUGGCCCACUGGUGCAGGGCAUAAAUGGACUGCACGUCUCCCUAGAUAAGGUGGAGGAUAGCAACCGGCUGAAGCGCUCCUUUUCUUUGGAUAUCAAAUCUGUAUCCUACUCGGCGAGUAGCAACUGUGUGACUGCAUCGGUUCAGGGCUUUGCCUCCUCCGAAGACACCCUGGAAUACUACAAACACGCGACCGCUUUAGAGGGCGGCAGCAAGUUGUGUCAGUUCUCCCCUGUCCAGGAGGUCUCGGAGCAGACCCCAGAAACCAGCCCUGACAAAGAGGAGGCAAACCCUCCCAAGAAACCCCAGAGCACCUGGCAGCUGGACAGCCAGAGCAAGCGGCAACACCUGGGGAGAGCCAGCAGCAGUGCCACCACUCAGCGGUCGCUCCUGUACCCCCUCCACCGGAGCGGGAGCAUGGAAGACAACUACCGAACAAACUUCUUGUUUGGUCUCUCCACCAGCCAGCAGCAUCUGGCAAAGUCUGCUGCUGGGCUGGGCCUCAAAGGCUGGCACUCGGACAUCUUGGCUCCUCAGACAUCGGCUACGUCCCUUACCAACAGCUGGUAUUUUGCAACCGAGUCCUCGCACUUCUACUCUGCCUCUGCCAUCUAUGGGAACAGCGCUGCUUACUCUGCCUACAGCUGCAGCCAGCUGCCCACGGGCUGUGACCAGGCCUGUGCUGUGCGCAGGAGGCCGAAGCAGGGCGAUCGAGGUGACUCCCGGCGGAGCUGGCAUGAGGAAAGCUCUUUUGAAAAGCAGUUUAAGCGCAGAAGCUGCCAGAUGGAGUUUGGGGAGAGCAUCAUGUCAGACAACAGAUCCAGAGAAGAACUGGGGAAAGUAGGCAGUCAGUCGAGCUUUUCGGGCAGCAUGGAAAUCAUUGAAGUGUCUUGA